AAAAAUCACCAAAAACCCCAAGCAUCUAAUGUAAAUGGUGAAAUUUAAAAGAAAAGAAUCAGAUGAAGUGCUGUACAUUAUGUGAUAAAGUGGCAGCUGCAUAAAAAUAAUACUACGGCUCUGAAUGGGAAAAUUAACGAUAUUCUAUCAAACGAACAAUUUAAAAUGUCAUGACCAUACGUUCAACAAAAACCCAUUAGCCGAACCAAAAAAUGAGGGCCACUCUAUCGCCGACACUGAGAUCUCGGUACGAUUACUACUAUUCAGCCAUGUCACCAGCAUCAACGGCAACCAAUUUUUAUGAAAAUCAAAAUCAGAGCUUAUUUGGCGAUCCCGUUCCACCGGCCGUUGACUUUUUGGAAACCCUAGACAACCAUUUGUAUGGAAGUCUACGUAGAGGCAGCUCGGCACUUGCCUCUAACAAUGCGCCCUUCCUACCGGAGCUGCGACCGGUUCCAAUCGGUGGAAAUCAUUUAGGAUCCAAAUCUGGAACAGAAACCAAUAAUAAUGUUCAACGAAUUCCAUUGACUGAUAGACGUGAUAGUAAUGAAACAUUUUAUAGCUAUAACAGAAAGUGCUCGAGCUCAUCGUUUUCGGAUGAUUUUCGGGCGAAUUUAGAUAAUUUUCGCAACACACACGAAAUACUGCCUCCUAUUCCACCCAUUCCAUCGAAACGAAUCUUCUCAUCGGAACCUCUCUAUACGCGUCGACCAUCAAAUCAGAUCGAAUCGAACCGACAAUCUUCGAGUAGUGAUUCUCGCGAUAGCAACAGUGAGUGGCAUCGACCCAUACGACCCACAUCGAAAAAUGUCGUCGAAAUUAGUCACGUUGGCGACGCAAUGGUAGCAGUGAUUCAGGACUCUACAGCAUCGAGUAGUGAAGAUCAUUCGCCAAAGAUUGCCAGAAGCGCAACUGCCCAUACCAUUCAAGAAGUUCUGCCUUAUGAACAGAGAAGACAUAGCCAGCCUGUGAUAAUAACGAAACCAAUUUCACUAUCAUCGACAUCAGCGACAUUGUCAGUUGAAAGUGAAAGUGAUCUACUCAUGCAAACGAAAACAAGGGAUCUAUCGCCAGCUAUUAUUACACAAACUGUUCAAACCGGAUCAGCGUAUAGAAUAAAUCCGGUGAGGCAGCACAAAAAGUCUUCUUUUGCAAUUUUGAACGAACUGAAACCGAAUCAAUCAAGAGCUACUAGCCCAUCCGGCAGAGUUUCUCCGUUUCGUGGCAAAGGUUUCAAACCAUCAUCUAGAGUAUCGUCACGACCACAGUCCCCAUCUAAUGAUGUAGGCGACAACAGUAAACCAAUGGUACAAUUUAAUACGAAAACGUUUGCCGAGAAAAUUGGACCGUCUACAUCUAAAGGCAUUCUUCUUAGAAGACCCAGUCUAUCGGCAUCGUAUGCUGAUUUAAGUUAUAGGGACCGCGAAAUGGAGAGUUUUGAAUUUAGAACUGAUGUAAAACAUAGGACCCUCAUACCGACCAGAACAAAAGAAACAUUACCGAAGAGACCAUUUUCAGUGCUUCCAGACUCAAUGAAAGUAGCCCCAUCACCAGCUCCACGUCGUAGAUUUUACAACUCUACCGGCGAUUUGAAUUCUCAGACACCAGCGACGACUGAAAAUCCUAAAAGUUAUCAUAAAGGAUUACUUCAAAUUGUGCGAAACGGUAGCACGUCCCCAUCAAAAAUACCCAGGAGAAAAAGUUUGACUUCCGAGACAGAAAAAGGAUUAGAACGCCGACGCAGUUCUGUUUCACCGAGACGAAGAUUUUCCAUUACAACGAACAACAACGUUCAAAAUAACACAAGCUCUUCCAUAAUUGACUUGGGAACUCCUACUUCUAAUCCAUCACGGUCAGGUAGUAGAAUUUCGAAGCCAACAACGUUAUCACCAAUCAUCGGAACACCUAACAAGGAUUCCGAACAUUCCGCCCAAGAAGACGAGAACAAUGAAAACUUAGCUUCACCCACAAAACUGCCGGUUCGUGCAAAUAGUUCUAGUUUAGUAGCCCGAGCCAAUUCAAGAGCUGCAUCUAGAAGCAAUUCUCGUAACACAUCUCGAGAAGCUAGCCCUGGAAUAUUAGGGAUAAAUAAUAAUCUCACUGGAUCCAUGCGAGGGAGUAGUAAGAAUCAAACUAAAUCGAGUUCAAGUAGAUCAGACACUGGAAGCUUAAAAAAGACCAAAACAAAAGAAGAAAGCCGAUCGUCGCAAUCUAUUCCUGCGAAAACGUCUGCAGUGUCUCCUCGUAUUCCGAUCAGAAAAAGCAUAAAUGUCAAUGGCACGAAGAAAGAACCAGCCAGUACGAAAAAAGAACCGUCGUCCGUGAAACGUGAAACAUCAAAUCUAAAGAAACCACCGACCAGUAUUAAAAGAGAAGGAUCCACCUCUAAGAUUGCAAAGUCGUCGUUCAAACGAGAAUCAUCGAAUCUAAAGCGCGAACCUUCAAGCUUAAAGCGUGAACCUUCAAACUUAAAGCGUGAACCUUCAAACUUAAAGCGCGAACCUUCAAACUUGAAACGUGAACCAUCAAACCUUAAACGAGAGCCGUCCAAUCUGAAACGCGAACCGUCCAAAUCGAACUUGAAACGACAAACUUCGAAACUGAUGAUGACUGCAGUACUAUCAAAAAACAAUUCGGACUCUGCACUGGGGAAGAAGCUGGAAAAACAAAACAGUUUUAAAGUUGAAAAGCGUCGAACAAUAUCGGAAUCGGACGGGCCAGUAGAUGCAGAGGAUGCUGGAAGUCAUCAAGCAAGCAAACCAGAGACUAAUGGUCGGACAGAUUCGAAAGAUAAAUUGGUACCGUUGACUAAAUCCAACGUUGUGUCAAUGACAACCGCCGCUAUUACCGCACAACCUGUCCAGAUUACUACAGCAGUUACGAAUUCAGUAACUUCACUCGAUAGCGUGGCGACCAACAAUCACGAUUCGUCCAGUGAAUUAGCUAAGGAUAGCUUAAUGUCAGCGGAUCCUGCAUCGAUCAUUGAAAAAUCUCAGAAAACUCUAGAGACGAUUCAAAAGACUGUGACCGAAGCCACUGACGAGAUCCACAAGACGAUUGAAGAAAAUCUGACCGACCUAAAGUCGUUAGAAAAUGACAUAAAAAACGAUACGAAGGUACCGUCUGUGUUAGAGAAAAAGGAUAGUACUCGGACACUAGUAGAUCAUAGCAACGACACCACUUCAACUGUGAAGACUUUAAAUAAUGAGCACAACACGCCAACGGUGAUAACCACAAGUGCAUCGCCCAUUGAACCAAAUGUUUCCAUUGUGGAUGCUACAGCUAAUAGCCUUCGACCGCAGGACAAUGACGAAAGGAUUAGUGUACGAUCGAUAUCGAUGCUACCGGAUGUAGAGCUUGAAAGCGGAAACGUGAAUAGGUCAAGCAAGGAAAAUUCUGAAGCAAAGAUUGGGUCCGAAAAGGGAAGCGGUGCUGGCUCAAGCAACGAUGUCAAGUCCGAAAAUGGUGACGCUGAAGAACCACAAGGUUGUUGUAAAUGCUCGAAGUGCUGUGCUCCAUGUUUCUCCAAGCUAUGUAUACCGUGUCGACGUUUGAAAAACUUGCCAUGCUGCAAACGCUGUAAACGUAAAUCACCAAGUCCAUCAAGCUCCGAACCGGUUAAACCGUCCUGUUGGAAACGUAUGAAGUGCUGUGGGAAAAAAGCAGCAAAAGUGAUGUCUGAACAGUCGCUGGAACGAGUGUCAACCGUCGCACAAAUGGAAAGCGGAUUACGACCAGAAACAGCAGCAGCACCGGGGAAAUGCUCAUUGUGUUUGGACAAAUUUCUGUGUUGCCGGAAAACGAAUAAAAUCGAAAGUACCAGCGAUACGGAGGAAGAGGGUCGAAAGUGUUGUUGUUUUCCAUGUCGAAAAUCGAAGAAAGAAACUAAUGCAUGGGCCGAUAAUCGUCGUGAGAGCAUACUCAGCGAGCCGAAGAAACAAGGUUGCUGUUCCCGAAUCUUCUGCUGUAAAAGUAAGGAACCAACGGAAAGUCGACGGACUAGUAUGAACAGCAAAAAACAAAGUAUUGCCCCGACUUUACCACCGGAAGAUAAUCGCCCCAAAUUAGAUGAAUCGCUCAUCGAGCACAUAUCAAUGAUGAAAGGCGCUAUUCCGAUUUUGCCUAUUUGCCUGGCUUGGUUCUGUUUGAUCUGCAACUGUUUCGUUCCUGGAUUUGGAACUAUUUUGUCGGGCUUAUUUUGCUUAUGUCUGGGAAUACCACGAUUUUCUCAGCACGACGGGGCCAGAGUCAGAAUUGGAUCUUUUGUUAUCAAUUGUAUAGUUGGUGUUUCCCAGGCAUUUACAUUACUGUUUUGCCUUGUUGGAUGGGGCUGGUCCAUUUGGUGGGGAACAAUUAUGCUUAGAGUAGCAAGAAAACAUCGCAAACUAAAAUUAGCUGCAGACAUGGAACAAGAGGAACAAACCACAUCAUCGAAUCGUACGUCAAAUCCGCCACUAGUUUCACAAAAUCAUCGAGAUGUUGAGGCAGCAAAUCGUGCUUCAUAAGACAAUUUCUUAAUCCAGUCGCACGAGACACAAACACAUUAAUUUACUAACAAUUUUGUACAUUUUUCUACAAUCCAAAAAAGAAAAGGAGUAAAACAACGACACAGCAAACUGUUACCAUAGUAAAAUAUUGUUCGAUUUUAGGUAUUUUCUGUUAUACCGAAGAUUUUGUCUUACCGAACGAAUGUUGAAUUCAUUUGAAAAUUUUAAUAAAAUGUUUAGAUAAGUUA